AUCGGAUAUGGCGGUGAUCAGGACACUGGUAUGGCAUAUGGGGUGAUCAGGACACUGGUAUGGGGUAUGGCGGUGAUCAGGACGCCGAUAUGGUGUAUGGCAGUGAUCAGGAUGCUGGUAUGAGGUAUGGCAGAGAUCAGGACGCUGGUAUGGGAUACGGCGGUGAUCAGGAUGUUGGUAUGGGGUAUGGUAGUGAUCAUGAGGCUGGUAUCGGAUAUGGUGGUAAUCAGGACACUGGUAUGGCAUAUGGGAUUGUC